CAUUUGUGUUUAACACUAAAGUAAAGCCAUUUUGUAUGAAUUUAUAGCAUUUUAAUGCUUUUUGUUAAUCAUUUAACUUAAUUAAUGACAUUAUUUUAAUUGUAAAACCAUUUUAUAUGAUGUUUGUGACCAAUAAAUGAUAUGUUGGCCAUCACUGGUGGACAACAAGCCGUUAAAAGACUGGUUUAAUACUAAUAUAUAGUGAAUGACAUUAAAAGACACGAGUUUUUUGAAAGUGUGUUUCAAUACGAUAUGUCAUUGAAGUCAACACUUGAUUUCAAUUAUCAUUAACUGACACUUUGGUCGACGACUGUAACAAAUGAUGGGCUCUUUGAUUGAAGACAACUCGUUUAACAUCAAUAAUCAGAUAACAAGUGGUUCGCGGUCUUCAAUAUUAUCGUCUCACGUGGACUUCGUGGCCAACGACGACGAUGACGAUGAUAUCAUGUCUACUAAAACGCUUCAAAACAAAUACAAUGUAUUGACAAAUGAUAACAAUUUGGUUAAUAAUAAUAAUAAUCACACAAUGAGUACAAAUAAUAAUAAUAAUAAUAAAUUGAAUAAUGAAUUAGUUAUUAAAAUGAACGGACAAAACAAGAGUUCAAAUUUUAGCCCAAAUUUCAAUUUAAUGAAUGGUAGCGACAAUUGUAAUAAUACAAGUGAUGGCAUACCGGUUCCCAAACAUGUGUUAUAUCCGCGCGAAAACAUUAUAUUAGAGUGGAAAGAGCCCCAUCGGAUUGGUGCCGGUCUGUCCAAUCUGGGAAACACCUGUUUUCUUAAUAGUGUAUUACAAUGUCUUAGUUAUUGCCCUCCUUUAGUCAAUUAUCUCUUACACACCAACGAUCACAACCAAAACAAAUGUAAUAUAAAUAACACAUUUUGUAUGGUUUGCGAAAUGAUAAGACAUAUUCGUCAGAGUCGUAUACAUAGCGAUAAAGUCAUUAAACCAAUUAAUAUCUGUCGACGCCUUAAAUCGAUAGCCAAACACUUCCAGUUUGGCCGUCAAGAAGAUGCUCACGAAUUUCUGCGUUAUGUAAUCGAUAAUAUGUGGAAGUCAUGUCUGAAUAAUAAAGACACAGCGAACUCAAAAUUGGAUCCGUUAAGUAAAGAGACGACUGCCAUAAAUCAAAUUUUCGGAGGUUAUCACAGAAGUCAAGUGAUUUGUCUCGAGUGUAAAGCAAAGAGUAAUACUUAUGAUUAUUUCAUGGAUUUUAUGCUUGAUAUUAAAAAUGUGUCGAGUCUUGAGAAAGCUCUGGAUAAGUAUGUGACACCAGAACUGUUACAACACGAGAACGCCUAUAAGUGUACGCGUUGUAAGAAACGGGUUUUAGCUAAGAAACAGUUCACAGUGUUUAGGGCCCCAAAUGUGGCCACUUUUCAAUUAAAACGAUUUGAUUACAAUCGCAUAUUUGGCGGCAAAAUUACUAAACCUAUUACUUAUCCCGAAAAACUCAAUCUUAGACCUUAUAUGUCUGAAAAUAAGGGUCCACCAAUAUUAUAUAAGCUUAAUUCAGUGUUGGUUCACAUGGGGCCCACCUGUAAUUCGGGGCAUUAUUUUUGUUACGUUAGAAAUUCUAAUAAUAGUUGGUAUUUAAUGGACGACUCGCGUAUAGUUCAAGUAAAUCAAAAUCAAGCGCUCAACCAACAGGCUUAUGUCCUAUUUUACGUCCGCGUUGAUACCGAUUUUCAUAAACCGGCGCCCGUUAAUAAAUUUGUCUCUCAAAUUACGCCUAACGGUAUUAAAUUAUCAAAAGUGAUCAUUCCUGAAGUGACCAAUAAUUGCAAUCAAAAAUUUAAAGAUGAUUUUAAUUCUCCGAAAAAUGUUAGUCCAAAUGUAACACAAACUCAAAAUGGCAUUAAAUCACCUCAAACUCAGAAAAAUCAUUUCCUUUCAACUAAGCCUACGAUUAACAUUAAACUCGGGGGACAAACACUAAAGAAUAGUAUAAUUCCCGUACAAAAUCAAAAACAUUUUAUUGGACCUCAAUGUGAACCAAAAACCUCAAACAAACAAUUAGAUCCCACGAAAGAUAUGACAGCUCUUAAUGGAAAACACAGUAAUUCUAAGUCAAAUUCAAAAGGUUUAGUGCCUUAUUCUAGCGAUUCAUCCGAUGACGAUAGUUAUAAAUCAACCACUUUUUACUUGAAGUCAUCUUCGGGUACACUAUCCGUCACAGCAAAUAAUGUCGACAAAGAUAAAGAAAAAAUCAAAGAAAUAGAGAGCGAUGUUAAUGUCAAUGGAUUUUUACAAUCAAAUAAUAAUAGAGUUUUUGGAGAUAAAGUUAAAUCGUGGAACGGAGGACUUUCCUCUAUUGACUGUUCACUAAAUGAUGAAAAACGCAAAUUAGACGAAUCUAACGAUGAUUACGACAAUGAAUUUGAUAGGGGAAAGACAAAGAAAAUAAAGACAAAACAUCCAGAAAAAUAUUACGAAUCCGGUAUUAAUCCAUUUCAAAAACAUCAAACAGAAAUGCAAAGAUUUAACGGCAGUUUUAAAACUAACGGUUAUAACGACAGACAAUUUAAUGGAGAUAAUAAUAUUAACGAUAAUAAGUAUAUCACAACUAAUACUGAAGAAGACGUUGAUUUUAAAAGUGAUACUUCUGCUAAACAAGAAAAAUGUGGAGAAAAUAUUGAUAAAAAUAAUAAUAUCAGCGAAGGUUUGGAUAAAUUUAGUAAAACUAGCGAACAGUUUGAUAAAAGUAUUAACAAAGUCGAAGAAAUUGUUGAUAAAUUCCAUAAAAGUAAUGAAAACGGAGAAAAAUAUCAGAAAAGUGAGAAUUUUAAUGAAAAACAUUUAAAAAGCAACGGAUUUAAUGAUAAACAACAGAAAAUUGAUAGCUAUAGCGACAGGUAUUUUAAAAGCAAUGGAUAUCUUAAUAAAUAUCCUAAAAGUGAACAUUUUGAUAGACAUUAUAAAUUUAAUGGACAUUUUGAUAAUAAUAAUAAACAUUUUAAAUUUAGUAAUAAUAAUAAUAAUUAUAAUUAUAAUAUGCAUUACAAAAAUAAUCGUCACUCAGAUAAUUACAACAAAACUAAUGGCAAUUUUGACAAAUAUCACAAAAACAACGGAAACUUUUAUAGACAUAACAAAAAUAAGAAACAUUUUCAUCCACAACAUCAUAAAAACAAAAAGCAUUUCUAUAGACAAUAUAAAUAAUAUGAAAC